UCACCAUCAAACCGAACGAAUAUCAAGAAAAUGGCAUCGGAACAGAUAGCAUCCUCACAGGGAACAACAAAUACAACAUCCUCCGAAACAAAUGCCGCAGAGGGAAGUAUAUCGAAGAAUUCCACCACUGACUCCUCCACUGAAAUCAAUCAAGGAGUCAAACAAGCAUCAAUCGAAGAUGAUGUGAAGCAAUUGGUAGGAAGUGUAAGUUCAUGGUGGAGUGGUUUCAGUAAGAAAUCACAGGAACAAUUCGAUGAAGUACGUGCUUCAAUUGAUUCACAAGGUGGUUUAGUCUCUAUUGCAAAACGUGAAGCAGCCAAGUUUGAAGCUCAACUGAAUGAAGCACAAAAAGCAGCCAGACAGAAUGCAUUGGCUAGUGAAACAAAUGCUGAAGGAUCCGUUGAGGGAAGCGGAAAAGGCAAAGGCAAACAAGUGGAGGGCGAUGAUGGAGCUGAUGUUGAACGUUUGGAAGAGAAUGCUAAGCUAGCCCAAGAGGGAAAGACAAGGAGAGCUUCAAAUGAUGCAGUCAGUAGAGCUAUUGCAUCAUCUGCUACAGGAGAUGCAUUCUUUGAUGCUGAUGCAUUUUCUGAUGAACCUGGAGGGGAGAUGAAGGCAAUCGAUGAUGCAAUUAUGGCCACGAGACAGAAUGCACAAUCUGCCAUGCAAAGUAUGCAAACAUUCUGGGGAAAGAUUCAAGCAGAUCCGCGAGUGAACAAUAUGCAAGCGUCUGUCGCAAAGACCUUACAAAGUAUCUCCUUACCAAAACAAGGCAAGGCUGAAGAUGGUACGGAAAAUGCAGAGGAUCCUUCGCAGUCACCGCAAACAAAGCGAAAUUUAGCAUUACCUGAUCUGAGCAAACAAUUCCAAGCUGCUUUCCCUAAUUUAGAUUUGAAAGAAUCUCAAGCAAUGGCAAAGAGAUAUUUUGAAGCAUCUCAAAGUGCUGCACGGGAUUGGGGAAAAGAGAUGGGAUCAAUGAUGGGUGAUUUGGUUAAAGUCGUUCCGCCAGAGGAAGGCGAAAAGAAAAGGGAGAAGUCUAACGAGGCUCCAGCAAAGGCUGCAGCACCUUCUAAAGAAGCUCAAAAAGCCCCUGCUCUACAGGCAAGUACAGAUGAUGACGAUUUUGACUGGGACAAAGAAGUCGAAGGAGGAUUGGAGACUACUACUGGUCCACCAACAACGAGCUGGGAGGACGUUGGAGAUCAAGUGCAGACAGUUUCAGAGGCCGAAGAACAGAGCGCCAAGAAAGAGAUUUCCAAGAAACCGGCUGCCAGAUCAAAGCAAGAGGAGGAAGAAGAAGACUCAGAUUGGGAGUAGGCUAACAACGUAUUUUGUAUCUUGUAGAAUGUGUAACUUUUUAGCACCCAUAUAUAAUCGAUCAAAUUGAAACUGAA